AUUUGGUCGAGCUGUUGGCUCCUACGGAUAAGUGAUAACCCCAUUCAGCACAUCCUCCGGGGCUUAUUAUGCCGCAUCACCCCGCAGUUUAUCUCAUUCGGUUCAAAUCGCAUCAUUCUGAUCUACCAAACGUGUGGUUUUCCUUCAUCGCCUCGUUCCAUGACGCAACUGACAUUCCAAGCCAUGAAAUCAAAGCGUCGAGCCAGCGGAGCAGGUUCUGCCGCCACUCCCAGCAUCUCCGGCACCCCGCGUGACGACGCAGACGUGCCCAUCCCUUCAAUUGAAGAUCGCGCAUCAUCCAAUUCAGUGUCUGAUGACACAUCUACGACUUCUAGUCGUUCUUCGCGCCUUCGUACGCCUUCUGUAUCUGUCACCCCUCCGGUCUCCUCCUCGAGUGCUCGAUCCACUGUCAGUCGGGGAGGUAGCGGGACAGUUGGUCGGGCACAAUCCGAAAGUCAUGGCAUUGACUCUGCUCUAAAUCGCAUGACCCUCUCAAGCCCAGAUGGGAUCGGUAACUUGUCCCAUGUAGCUGCUGCAAUCGAUGCUGUGGCUCGAGGAUCAGACAGUCGUUCCGUGUCGCUCGCCCCAGAUGACCAAAUCGGUAAAGACAAGUCGAGAUCAUCUCAGCCAUCGACUCACAGGAGACGCUCAAGUUCUAAAGUCAACGCUUUGCCGCAUGAUGUCAAGGAUGAAGAGCUUCCACAUGAUGCUUUCCAUAACCCAUCCUUCCAACAGGCAUUCGGAGACGCGAAGAUGCUCAUGUCAAAUAUACGGGACGUAUUAGGAAGCACUUCACUUCACAGCGACCCUGACUCUACAAUGCAACGGCUUCACAAGGAGGCUGGUGACUUGGCUUGCUUCAAAUAUCCAUCCACGCGGACCGUUGGGUUCGUCGGUGACUCUGGUGUUGGAAAAAGCAGCCUCUUAAACUCUCUCCUUGAUUUUCAAGAUCUUGCUAGGACGAGCAACAGUGGCGAGGCAUGCACAUGUGUCGCCACAGAAUACCACUACCAUGAGCGCAAUGCCUUCGAUAUCGAGGUAGAGUUGUUCUCAAUGGAUGAGAUCAAAGACCAGCUCUUAGAUCUCCUGCAGUCUUAUCGGCACUUCCACUUUCAUCAGCAUGAGAUGGAACCUGCAGAGAAACAGGAUAUGGAAGAAAUCGCAAAGCGAGCACGAUAUACUUUCCGUGCCAUGUUCUGUGAUCGCAUGGACGAUGAGGAUUUCCUUAUUGAGAAUUCGGAACGUGCUGUUCUAAAGAGUCUUACUUCUUGGGCGGCAGAUGCCAGGCCUUCGGGCAUCGCCUCUCGGGAAUCUGGGCUCUCGCUGCAGAGAUGUUCUGCCAAAUUGAUGCAACUGUCCUCAGAGCCGGCUUCGAAUCAAAAUCCAGCAAAGUGGCCAUUUAUCAGGAAGAUCAAGUUGUUCCUGAACGCCCACAUCCUCAGUAAAGGCCUCGUCCUUGUUGACCUCCCUGGUCUUCAUGAUAUGAAUUUGGCCCGAAGAACGAUUACUGAGAGGUUUCUGCUCGAAUGCGAUGAGAUAUUCGUCGUUUGCAACAUUGGACGUGCCGUGACCGACGCAGGAGUCGAGUCUGUGUUCGAGUUGGCGCGCCAGGCUAACUUGUCCAAUGUGGGAGUCAUAUGUACUAGAUCCGAUGACAUUAAUGCCAACGAAGCCAAGAAAGACUGGAAAGGGCAGAAGUCGAAGAAUAUCCAACGCCUGAUUGAUGCAGUUGCCGCGGAUAAGAGAGACUAUGACAAGAUUGAGUCUGAGAUUACUGAAUAUGGUGAGGAUGAUGAUCUUUCUGAUGGAGAGAGAGACCAUGUUCUGGGACUUCACAAAAAGAAACGCCUUAUCCGAAACCGAAAGAAUGAUCACACGUUUGAAUUACAUGCUUACCUUGUCACAACGCGCAACUCAACGAUCUAUCAGAAACUGCGAGAUCAAUACAGUAGCAAGGUGCCGAGUGGGGACCUCAGGGUGUUCUGCGUGAGCAACAAGAACUACUGGGACCACAGGAUGCGUCCACGGGACGCUGCCCUUCCUUACCUUCAACUAAGCUGCAUCCUCGAAGUGCGGAAAUAUUGCAUCUCUAUUGUAGCAAACAGCCAACGCCGCAUUGCUACCCGCUAUAUGAGAGACGAAAUCCCCGAUCUUCUUGCUCAAAUAGAGCUCUGGGUUCAAUCUGGCGCGGGCAGCGCCGAUGCGGAGAGGAAAGAAGUUGUCCGCCGCACUUUGAAUGAGCUUGAAAGUCGACUGAAAAAAGAUUUGAGUUCCAACUCGUCUAGUGUCAAUAAUAUCGCCGCAUCGAUCAAGCAAGACUUUUUGGAGCAAAUAUACGAGAAACGACGUAUCUCUGACUGGAGCGAGUCGGCAAUAGAAGCUGGGGAUGAGUGGAGUGGGUGGCAUCACUCUUCGUAUGCUGCAUUUUGUCGACAAUUUGGCAACUAUUGCACACCGGCAGCUGGGAAACACAACUGGAAUGAAGAAGCUAUUGACGGAAUGGUCAAGGACCUGAAGAGACCCUGGAAAGCCCUUUGCGCUCGCAUAGAAGAUCGAGAGAUUGAAACCGGGAGACUUGUGGAGGAGUUGACAGACUGGUCGAUUCAGCAUCUAGACUGUGGCCUGAGCGACAUGCCAGAGAUAGCAUCCCCUCUGGCUAAUGCAAUUGUCUCCCAACAGCAAGUUCUGCUUGGUAACAUUGAAGAAGUUUACGAGGAGUUUGGUGCUAGUCUGAGGACACUACGUACGGAUGCUAUGUCAGGCAUUCAGACCUCACUCAUUGGACAAAGCAUGGAUGGACCCUACAGAUCAUGCAAUCGAGAAAGCGGAAGAGGUAGUGAUGCACGACGGAAGGGUAUAAUCAAUGACGCACUUGCCCGCGACGACCUGUUCAGUGAUCUGAUGAGAAGUUUCAGAAAAAGCUUCUCUCAACUUGCCAAAGUUGCCCAGAAGAAGAUCGAUACUGCAGUGUCGACCUACCUCGCUUCUAUACAUGGAACUUUGAAGAUUAUUCUCAGUGAGAACGUGGCGUUGGAGAGCGAGCAAGAUCCUGCGUUCCGUCGCCGCGUGGAUGAAGCUGUCAAGGAGAGCAAGGCGAAGAUUGAAAGAAUCAAGGCCGAGAUCGAUCAUUGAUUUGGUAGAGUUUCCCAAGGGCGGGAUUGAUGGAGGCUUAAAUAAGUACGCUGCAACCUUUUCGUCCUCAGAAUGUAAGUGGACAAGGAGAUGGAAGUUUGGAUGUAUAGUAAGUGGAUUAGCUUAGUGAUGAAUCGAGAGUAUUUUUAUUUCUCC